CGGCCCCGCAGCAGGAUGAGACAUCGGUGAGCAGCGAGGAUUUUGAUAUGAAUGACUCCACAUGGAUCUCGGCUGACCAGCAUCUUAACUCCAGUUUGAGCCCCAGUCAGGACGAGAGCAUGCGCAGCCCUCAGAAUCUCCACAGCCAGGAGGAUGAUGAUUCCUCAUCAGAGAGCUGCAGUGGGAACGGCUCCUCCACCCUGAACCCCUCCACCUCCAGCAGCACGCAAGGAGACAGCACCUUCCCAGAAAUGAACGGGAAUGGAACUGCUGCCCCCAUGGAUUUCACUGCUUCGGCCGAGGACCAGCCCAUCAACCUAUGUGACAAGCUCCCGCCUGCCCAUGUCACUCCUUCCUACCAGUCAGACAGCUGUGCUGACGGGCUGCGGAGCCGGGUGAAGUACACAGCAAAGACUACAGCCGAGUCCCCUCCAUACAGUUCUGGCAGUUAUGACUCCAUCAAGACCGAGGUCAGUGGCUGUCCGGAGGACCUGACCGUUGGCAGAGCACCCACAGCAGAUGAAGAUGACGACGACCAUGACGACCACGAAGAUAACGAUAAGAUAAAUGACUCAGAGGGGAUGGAUCCAGAGCGAUUAAAGGCCUUCAAUAUGUUUGUGCGCCUUUUUGUGGAUGAGAAUCUGGACCGAAUGGUUCCCAUCUCCAAGCAGCCCAAAGAGAAAAUCCAGGCGAUCAUCGAGUCCUGCAGCCGACAGUUCCCUGAGUUCCAGGAGAGAGCUCGCAAACGCAUUCGCACUUACCUCAAAUCCUGCCGCCGUAUGAAGAAGAACGGCAUGGAGAUGACCAGACCCACCCCACCACAUCUGACCUCAGCCAUGGCAGAAAAUAUCCUUGCAGCUGCAUGCGAGAGUGAAACACGGAAAGCAGCCAAGAGAAUGCGCCUGGAGAUAUAUCAGACAUCCCAGGAUGAGCCGAUCGCCUUGGAUAAGCAGCACUCCAGAGAUUCCACAGCCAUCACGCACUCCUCCUAUUCACUGCCAGCUUCGUCUUACUCCCAGGAUCCGGUCUACAUCAACGGAAGCUUGAACUACAGUUACCGUGGCUAUGGGACCCUUGGAGGCAGCCUGCAGCCACCCACUUCACUGCAAACAGGGAACCACAGUAACGGUCCUACUGAUCUCAGCAUGAAAGGUGGGGCCUCAAGUACAGCCCCUUCUAACAGCACCAGCAGGGGGAUGCCAGCUGCCCAGCUCAGCCCCACAGAGAUCAGUGCAGUGCGGCAAUUGAUUGCCGGCUACCGAGAGUCAGCGGCUUUUCUGCUUCGGUCUGCAGAUGAACUGGAAAACCUCAUUUUACAGCAGAACUGACUCCUGGUGUCUGUGUAGCUCCUGUGGCAGAAGACAAUUUACACCCUUUGGAAACAGGCUCCCACUGGUAUCCUGCUCAGGACUAACCAUCGUCCUCCCACCCAAUAGCUGGUACAUUUAGUUUUUAAAGGUGGAAUCCUAGAACUGUUUUCUUUCACACUCCGAGCACCUGGGACUUGGGGCACAAGGAUACAUUUUUGACUCUCUCACCACAGGUGCGCCUAGCUGAGCAGAAGAAGCCAAACCUACAGCUUGGAUGGGUGUGGGAUUUUUUUAGGGUGGAAGGGAGCCUAGGGAGGCUUGGGGCUGCAGAUGUAUUUAGAAUAACCUUUGUGGACCCCAACGUUAGAAUCCCAUCCCCAGAUAAUUACCUUUCAAGGUCUUAGGUGAGCAGAAUUGCAUAUUUAUUGAGAAAUGGACCCUCCUCUCCCCUUAGUAAUUUAUUUUUCUGAAAAUGGAUUCUUUUGAGUUUGUACAGAUUGCCAGUUUUGUGUCCGUCUGAUCAGAAGGAAUUUAUUCCUGUGAAAUAACACAUUCCAUAUCACUACACUACUAAUGGCUGAGCAGCUACACCUGCUUCUCCUGGGAGAGACCCCUUUGCACAGGAUGCAAGUUUGCCAUCUACCCCUAGAACUCCUAGGCUGCUCGGCCUCCAGCAAGCUUAGGCAGAAGCUGAACAAUGAGGAAAGAGUGUCUUGUUAGACCUCUAAGCAGUCCUGUAGCAGCAGCAAUGGGGUCCAAUAUCUCCUGCAGAGACUCAGCAAACCUCCAACUGGAAGGACCUCUCACACUCAUUUAGCUCAGUGCAGAGCAAAACAGGAAAUAUCUGAGAACCACUGUCAUGCAUUCACCUUUCAUUUCUACCUCACACUUCAUUGUGGGCUUUUUCCAGGACUCACCAGGAUUCUGAACAGUUCACCCCAUAAUGUGCAUGACUAUGAUGUGCAUCCAAGACUGGGGAGCAGACAAGUAGAUAACACUGAGGAGUCAAAACUAAGCCAGCAGAUGGACAACUGACCCAAGCUGGCUCCCUUUUUGUUCAGAAGAGAAGGAAGGACAUGCACUGCUGAUGGACAGUAGCUCACUGUCACAAUGGAUGAUGUCUGACCUCUCCUCAAUGAGGAAUCCCAGGCUGUCUCCACAAGUAUACAUGAAACCAGCGCUGGGGCAGCAGCAAGAGAACUGUUUAGAGAAACACACGUGAAUAAUAAAGACUAGUGCAGACUUUUAGGGAGAAAAGUAAACUAAACUUCAGUGAAACAACCAGGUCAUUCCUACUCAAAAGGAAAGAAUUAGGAGACCCUCAGCAGCAGAAAGGGUGGAAAUUCUCCCCAGGGCCC